UUGUUGUUCCCGUUCCAUGUGUAGGUACUGACCUGGAUCUUCACAGUUUAUUCAGUGAAAAAACACAAUGACAUCCUCAUCAUAUUGGGGUGAACUACCCAGUCUCCCUGAUACAGAUUCAGGAAUUGCAGCCAUCGAAAGGGAACAGAUGACAAAACCUCGCCCAAUGGAUGUGGAGGGUCCAAGACUACACCAGCCAUCUAGUAGACACCAUCCUCCAACUAAUGAUCCCUUACCGAGUGAAAAAUUUGAGAUGGAUCCUAUCGUCAUGCACACCAUUAGACUUGUCCAACAUGCCAAGAAACUCCGACAACUUAUCUCCAGUGUCCAACAGCAACAGGAAGCUGUAAAAAAUGGAGAGAGUGAGAUAACUUAUCCUGUUACACCACCUAUCCCAGAAUUCACAGGUUCAGGACCAAAACAUAAAGUUCAGGGGCCAGUGCCAUUUAUGCCAAAGGAAAUGGAAAGUGACUUUGUGAAGGGCAUUGGUGAACCACCCCCAGAGAUUGAUGAUCUCGCUUGUAGGAAACUUCUGCGGAGAUCAGUAUCAGCUGUGUGUGCACAUACUGGUUAUGACAGCACAAAUGAGUCAAUCUUAGAGACACUGACCGACAUCACACAUGAGUAUUUCCAGCAGCUGACCACUCACCUCUGUACUGCCGUAGACAACCGACUCCUACAAGGAUAUAAUAGUUUUCCGGAUGUUGUUGAAGAGGUGUUCCACCAGAUGGGGAUUGGUAGUGUGACCACACUCCAUAGUUUCUAUCAAAGUCAUAUUAUAAACUAUCAAAAAAACAUGGAACAGACUUGUCAGCAGCUUGUCACAGAGUAUGAGAAGAUGAAAUUACCAACCAUGAUCAAGAUGGAGACUGUGCCAGUCAUCAGGAUUAAAGAAGAACCAUGUUCAGAAAUUCAGUUUCCAGUUCUGGAUGAGAAUGAUGAGAUCAAUGAUGCAGAACAGUUACUACAGUUGGAAGGUCUGAGUGGAUUUGAGAUAACAGUUGAACAUGAAUCAACAAGUGGCCUGACAACAGAAAUGGAUUCUAAAUGGCAGGGUGUGAAGUCUGAAGCUGCUGAAGGAGGCACAAACUCACGUCUCAGUUUCGAUGUGUUUGAUGAGCCUGGAAGCGUAAAGCCACCACGGACACCUGCCCAGCUGAGUGAGGGUGGGGACAGUAUUACUGACCCUGCCUCCAUCCCUGGCUCUGACAUCAUGUCUCCCCCAUCCAUCACCUCACGACCAAGUAAACCAAAGAAAAGGAAAAAGUGAAGAACUUGUGAAGUCAGAGACGAAACAUCAGCCAUGGAUCCAAGCCAUUGUGAUACCGCAGUGUCCAUGUUCUAUGGGACUACCGGCAUACACUCUGUCAUUGAGCAGUACACAGUCAGUGCACAUGAUGAUGCUAGUGUUGUGUGAUACUGGUUGUGAAGGUGAUAGAAUUCAGGUCAAUAUAAUUAUACUGUUUUGUAUAGCAGUAUACAUUCAGUGUACCUUAUGCUACAAGUGGAUUAUGUCCGGGUUGACAACAAAGCUGUUUUGUGUAGAAGUAUACAUUCAGUGUACCUUAUGCUGCAAGUGGAUUAUGUCUGGGUUGACAACAAAGCUGUUUUGUGUAGAAGUACACAUUCAUUGUACCUUAUGCUACAAGUGGAUUGUAUCCAGGUUGACACAAUGCUGUUCAUUCAGUGUACAUAAUGCUACCUGUUGAUUAAGUUCCAGUUGAUGAGAAAGCUGUUUUACAUAGCAGUACACACAUUCAGGUUACUUUUAUAUGCUACAAGUGAAGUACACAGUUUUUAACAGAAGUGUCUAGAUUAACAAAUGUGUUGUUUUUCUUUGUUUUUGUUUUACUGCAGUAUACAGUUAAUGUGUAUCUUAUGGAAUGUGAUGAAGAAAAGUGCUGCAAUGAAAUGUCAGUAAGACAGACGUUAAUAUGCUUAUUGCUGGUACAAUCAGAACACUGUAAAUUUACUACACAAUAGCAGUAUACUCUCAGUGAUACAGCAGGAUUUAACUGAAGUGCAUUGUACUUGUAGGGGCGUAUGUGUACUUCAUGAUCAGUUCAAGCGAUUUGCACACACAGAAGUAAAUUAUUUUGCUAAAUUGAUCUGUAUAGCAACACCUAAAGACAUAAUGCUGUAACUUCAAGCAAGUUUCACACACACAAACAUAAACUGUUGAAGAAAUAUUAUGUCAGUACCUUUGAAAUAAUAUUUAGUGCAGGAUGACAAGAAAGUACUGGGCAUGACAUGAUUGGUGGGAUAAUAAUAAGAGAUCUUGGAUAACAGGACAUUGAUAAUUACUGUAAACAUACAUAUUUUGUGGAAUCAAAUUUUAUCACAACACUAUUUUUUAAAAAAUAAGCACAAUGGUGAAUUGUGGCAUGCAUAAUAAUGGUUAUAACUAAU